AUGGCUUUCCGAUUCUUACUGUCCGCUCUUCUGCUUGUUCUCGCCGUCAUCUGCUCCGGAAUCUCAGCCCGUGGACUACCAUAUGAUGUCGAUGCACUGCCAAUGUCUGAUUAUCGCAUGGAGCCAUACGGCAUGUUUGCUCCCGCAGUUGGAGCUGGAGUUAAUGGUCCGCAUAAGCGCGUACCAUCAGCCGGAGAUAUGAUGGUUCGGUUUGGAAAACGUUCAGCUUAA